GAACCCGGGCGGCCACGUGGGUUCCAAGUCUCGGAAUCCGCUGCGUAACGGUGAAGCUCAAGGAGAGUCGGGUCAUCCCUUCGUCGGGAAGGCAGGCAGGCAGGACCCGAGGCCGAGUGGCGCCAUGCCCAGGGGCAGCCGAAGCGUGGGCUCCCGGCCCGGGGCCAGCCCAGCUCCAUCUCAUGCCCACCCUCCGGCUCAUCCUCCCCCUUCCGCCGUGGCUGCCCCGGCUCAGCCCCAGCAGCCAGGCUUGAUGGCCCAGAUGGCGACCACCGCGGCCGGAGUGGCGGUGGGCUCCGCCGUGGGCCACGUGGUGGGCGGCGCUCUCACCGGGGCGUUCAGCGGUGGCUCGGAGCCCCCCAAGGCAGCAAGCAGCCCUGCUCCGGAGCCCAGGCAACAGCCAGCCUACCAGCAAGCCCAGUACGGGCCCUGCCACUAUGAGAUGAAGCAAUUCCUGGAGUGUGCUACCAACCAGAGUGACUUGACUUUGUGCGAGGGCUUUAAUGAGGCCCUGAAGCAGUGCAAGUAUAGCAACGGCGUUGCUUCCCUCUUGUGAAGACCUUUGAGCACCAAUGCACCCAUGAACGAGCCAUGAAUUGGAAGGGACUGGAAGGGCAAGCGAGCAAUGGGCAAGAAGGGAUCCGGCCAGUUUAAUCAAAUCUCUUUAGUGCUCUUCUCAGCUGUAGGUAAUAAGUGAGGAGAUCUCAGGGUGAAAUGCCUCAUGGCAGGGCUUUUAGGAUCUGGUUGUCACUUGUGAAAUAAAAAGAUGGUUUAUUUUAAUCUAGAACUUGCUUGUAUGUUUUCGUUAAUCUCUACAUAUAAUAAAAUGAAUAUAUAUAUA